AUGACUGCAUUUUAUGAUGACUCUAGCCUUCAUCAAAAGUCGCUCGCAGCAACGACAGGUCCGAUACGAAAUACGCUUGCGUUUCUCGAAUUUCGAGACGUCCAUGUCCCUGGCCGAGGUCAGGCGAUGAACGCACACCGUACUCGCUUGCUUGAAGAAGCUGCAUACGAUAAGCAUCGGCCAGCAAGUACCGCUCGGAUAGCGACGAUCCUUGUUCAGUUGACCAUGUCGCGUUUUCGCCAUCUUGUUCCGUGCCUGACGAUCAGGAGGGCAGGGACGCCUGAGGAGCGCUUACCGCCGUUAUGGUCGGAGACUACGCGUCGCGUAUGGUCAUCAUCAUCGGCCACCGUUGUGGGAUCUCGCUCAUCCUUCGUUCCUCCCCCCGCCCGUUCCGUCCAUCUGUUGCCUGCGGCGAUUGUGCGGCCCGAUGCAGUCAUGCAGCUACUUGAUGUAGGUAUGCCUCAAGCUUCGAGCAAACUCAUGGCCGGGGUUAGGAUCCACUACAUCGGCGCCUGGUGGGGAAUUACUGCUGAUCCUAUUCCAGUGACCUGGGGACACAUGCGCGUGUCUGUGGAGGCCUUGCCUCAAGGGCUUACUGUGGAAAAAUGCGCUCGGCGUGGUCUUCGUUUUCUAUUCAAAGAAGUCAUUGUUAGCGAGACGUGA